UGAACGUGGAAUUUUCUAAAGAAACUGAUAACAUUAAAAUUGAUAAUAACGCUGAUGAACUAGAUCAAAUUGAAGAAAUUGAUGAAGUUGAUGAAGAAAUUGAAGAAAUCGACAAUAAUUAUGAAGGCGAAAUUAAAGAAACUAAAAAUCAAAAAACUAAAAUGAUGGCAAAUAAGAAAGACUUAGUAAAUAAUGAAAUUUUAGAAGAAAAAUCUACUGAAUUUGAAGGUUUCGAUAAAGAGUACAGACCAUACUUUCCGAAUUUUACAUCUUUUGCAUUGUAUGUUUGGAUUACAAAGUACAUAAUAUCAACUAGCACCUAUGAAGACCUAGCCACAAUUAUUACUCAUUCUAAAUUUUGUAAAGAUGAUGUUAUCGAGAAUAUUAAACAUAUGCGAGUAAAUAUAAGUAAAAAAUACGAAUUCUGGCAUGGAAGCCUCUGGCAAGAGUCUCCACUUUUUGGAUUACAUGAAAUAAGAAGCAAUAGUAGAG